GCAUUUUAUUUCCUAACCCCCCCCUCUCUCGUUCUCUCGCUCUCGUUUUCUUUUUUUUUUUUCUCACACGCUCAUCAUCCUUGUCUUUCUUUUUUUUGACUGCACACACUCUUUACGUGCCUUUCACACACACAACACACACACACGGACACAUACGAACUCUUGUACACGAGAAGAGCAAAAUGGCUGAAACGAGUUCGACAAAGGGCCGCAAGGCCUCUGCGCGCAAGGCCGCCGUUCACCCCACAUUCAAGGAAAUGGUGGUUCAGGCCAUUAUCAACUUGAAGGAACGCUCUGGCUCGUCGCGUCCUCAAAUCAAAAAGUACAUUCAUGCCAACUACAAGGGCUUGAACGAGAGAUCCGAUCUCAACAUCAACGCAGCCAUCAAAAAGGGUGUGGAAGACGGCGUCUUUAUUCAACCAAAGGGCCCCUCGGGUCCCGUCAAGCUCAACAAGGCACCCAAAGGCACCGACGAAACCCACAAGCCCGAAAAAAAAGUGGUCAAGAAACCCCCCUCUAAACCCGCUGCCAAAAAGGCUGCCGCUGCCGUCGCCAAAGCCAAAAAGAGUGCGGCCAAGCCUGCUGCUGCUGCUGCUGCUGCGAAAAAGACGGUCGCUCCUGCCAAAAAGGCUGCCACCAAGGCGACCGCGACCAAGGCUACCACCAAGGCGACCACCAAAGCGACCAAGGCUGCUCCCAAGGCGAGCAAGGCAAAGACGGAACCUGCCAAAACGGCCCCCAUGAAAAAAGCAGCUGCGCCCAAAAAGGCCAAGGCGGCGGCUACCAAAGCAGCUCCUAAAAAAGCUGCGACUUCUGGCACGACGAGCACCCGUGCUUCCCGUGCAGCCAAGCGAACCUAACGAAAAGAAAAAAAAAACAUUGGAGGUUCCCGCCCCUUUUUUAUUUAUUUUUUUCUUGGUUCUUUUCCCCGCUCCUCCCAUUGUUUUUGUUUUGUGAGUAGUGCUCCGAGUUUUUUGUUUGACAAAAACCUCUAGUCUACUGGCGUCUUGAGACGCCCGCCGCCCGUCGCCCUUUCUUUAUACGCAAGCACAAAAAAGAAGGGAAAAUGUGUACAUAUGAACGAAAAAAAAAAAAAAAGAGCUUGGU